CCCUCUACAUCACUCUCUUCUUUCACUCGACUACAGAAACAACCAUCAUGAUCGCUAAGGUGGCCCUAGUGGUGGUGGUGAUGGUGGGCGUGACUCUCGCCUCUCCUCAGCAUAACCAGUACGCCGCCCCAACACCUCAGUACAAGCAGGAUGGCAUGCCAUACAACUUCCAGUACGGCGUCCAGGACGACUACUCUGGUACUGACUUUGGUCACAAUGAAGAAUCUGACGGAAAUACUGUCCAGGGCUCCUACACUGUCCAGCUCCCCGACGGCCGCAAGCAGACGGUGACCUACGUGGCAGACCACUCCGGCGGCUACCGGGCUGAGGUUGAGUACUACGGCGAGGCUCAGUACCCCUACGAGUUCGGUCCCCCCGUCACCUUCAAGCCCCAGUCCUAUGGCCAGCCCCAGACUUCAUACACGCCCCAGCCUUCCUACCAGCCCCAGCCCUCAUACACACCCAGGCCUUCUUACCAGCCCCCUCAGCCCUCAUAUAAUUAAAUCUGUGUAAACUCCAUCACAAUAAUGAAAAUCGAACUUUAACCCUUUUGCUGCAAUUCCCACACUCACCAUUUACUACCGCCAGACGAUUUUAUUCGGCUUAAGGUAACCUCCCGCAGCCAAGGGGUUAAAAACAAUGCUAUCUUUUGUCCAGGCUUUUAUGAAUAUUUAAUAAAAUAAACUACAUUCACAAUAA